AUGACACCCAAAGCAAAAGAAGGACCAACCUGUAUCUGGCCUGAGAUUGCCGCCGACGCUCAUCAUCAUAUUGCUACUACUUGUCUAGCUUACCUCUCACGACCUGGUGUUCAAGAGCGAUACGUCGAGUUUAUCGAAAGACAUGCGGAAAAUGACCCAUCUAUCAUAAUGUUAGAUGAUUCUCAUGAUUUAUUUUCCUAUGCGGUUCAAUACUGGUUUCAUCACUAUAUGCAAAUCCAAGAUCGUUUGGAAAAGAUCGGAAAGUUGAAUCGACUCUUCCAAGAAGUUGGAUUGGGGCAUUGGCCAGAGGCUUUCUGGAUUUUCACACAUCCUAUCACUGUGAGUGACAAUUGCUGGAAAACCCCCUUUCCACCCCUUGCUAGUCUUGGGUGCCUGGAGGUUGGGCCAGAAAGUGACGAAGACUUGGAAGCGGGGAUACUUGAAGCAGCUCUCAACGGCCGCGUGGAAGUGGUUCGAAAGCUCGUCAGGUCGAAAACGUGGAACCAAGAUACUAUCUUGCGUUUUAUCGAAGCAGCAGGCCCAAGUGGUCAAGAGCAGCUGGUAAUUGACCUUAUUAAUUACCUCCAACUCAAUUCUUAUGAUACUAUUAGCGAAUGGGGUCCGCCAUUAUUGUAUAGAGCAGCGAGAUUGAACUUUGUUCAACUUGCGGAAACUUUGGUAUCAAAGGGGUGUCCAAUCGACUGCAAUAACCCGCUUACAGGCGACUCUUCGAUGAACCUUCUACGGGUUGCAUCAUCAUAUGGGCACCUCAAAAUAGCCAGAGUUUUAGUGACGCACGGAGCUGACAUCAAGUCUGGCUCUUUCAAUGGGAAUUCAUUGACGUCGGCCAUUUUAGGAGGCCAUGUCGAAGUAAUAGAAUUUCUUGCCAAAGAAAAUAAGGAUAUUUUAGAGCAUAGCAUUUACGAUGGUGGCACUCCUAGGCCAUCUCCUUUGUGCUUUUCUUGCGAAUGGGGAUGUCCGACAGUGGUACAAAAGCUCCUCGAACUCGGAACGGAUCCAAAUAAACCGGACCCUGGUGGCAUGAAGCCGAUUGAAAUAGCGGCAAGGCACAGAAAUAAGAGGUGUGUCGAGGCAUUUCUAAAUCAUGGUGUUGAUCCCGAUACUCCAAGCGGAAUAGGAAAUGGUACAUCUAUGCAUCAUGCUGUCGCCAAUGGGAAUGUGCAGAUAUGCCAAUUACUACUGGAACGCGGCGCCGAUCCUAAUAACCCGCUUCUUAAGUCACCGCUUUUACAUGGCGUAGUAAAUCGAACUUUACCUCUUACAACCGAACAGCGGAUCGACCUAACAAGGCUUCUGGUUAAACAUAACGUGAAUAUCAACGCUAUAGAUGAGCAGAAAGCCACCCCAUUACUUAUCGCAAUCAGAAAUCAGUUUAAAGACCUUGCUAGGUGUCUCCUAGAGUAUGGGCCCGACGUCAAUUUCGCAGAUGUUGAUGGAAGAACGCCAAUAUACGAGGCAGUACGGAAUCAAGACGAAGGUCUAGUGAUAUUAUUACUCGAGAGAGGCGCAGAUGUGAACGUCCAAACAACCCAAGGCCUAAUUCCUCUCCACGUUGCCUCUUCAAAAGAUCAGGGGCAGGUAGCCGAGGAUAUUCCAACACCAACCGAAGAGAACCAGCCGGUGCUCCCAAGAGCGGCUCAUGUACACGAUGCUGCUUGGUGCGACAGUUGCUUUCUAAAAGCUAAGGGUUUGUGUUACGCAUGCAAGACUUGCUUCAGUUACAUGCUCUGUCAGAAAUGCUAUAUCCAUUUGGAUAUUGUCCAUGAGUAUAAACACGACCAUGAAUUCGAGGAAAGGGGACCAGAAUAUGACGCAAUGUCAGAAUCUAACGCAGACGAGGACGAUCAAUCAGAGACCUCGUCAGUCACUGAAUCAACCAUUGAUAACAGCGAAGAAAGUUCGGAAGAUACCAAAGAAGAGGAGGCAGAUGGUUCAAGUGAAGAGGAUUAA